CCUCCUCAGAGGAAACAUUUCAGCAGACGUCGGUGUGUUUGAUGUCUCACGGCAGCGCGUGUAUCUGAUCCCCGCCGCGCCCCAGCAGCAGCAGCAGCAGCAGCCGCCGCCCGCCGCGCACGCACGGUCACGCACAGUCACGCACAGCUGGCGAUGAUGGCGGACUGUGUGGGCUUCCAGGCGCAGAUCGCCUCCAUCAUCGAGAUCCUGGCGAACUCAGCGGUGGCGGAGAUCUGUAAGCUGGUGGAUGACGGGUACGCGUCGCUGCGCGUGCAGAUGGAGGAGGAGCGCGAGAGGAGCGAGCAGGAGAAACGGGCCCUGCGGGACAGAGUGCGGGACAUGGAGGUGAAGAUGAGGAGCUGCGAGAGGAAGAUGAGGAGGAGGAGUCAGCACGCGCCCCAUUACAGGCCGUCGGGAGCACCUGCUCUUCAUCCUGUGGUGUCUACUCCUGCUGCUCCUCCUGCUGCAGCUCGUUCUCCUGCUGCCUCCUCUGAAGAGAAACUCCUCCAUCACAUUUCAAAGCAGGAGGAGAGCAGAGUGUUUCCUGUUGUGAAGGAGGAGAGAGAAGACUGUAACCUGGACCUGAAGGUAGAGGUAAACAUCAGGGCAGAGUGCAGUCUAUCUGCAGGCCUGGAGCCAACUGAUGAGACCCCCCCCAGAGAAAUCAUUCUUGACCCCAACACCACCUCCUCCUCCUCGUCCCUCCCUCCCCCCUCCCCAACUGACGCCACCAUGGACCUGACCUGCAGGUCUCGAGCCAAACGUAAACCUGUUAUGGUUAGUGGGGUUGCUCCAGGCCCAGAGCUGGGGGGGCCCCAGACAGACGGAGCUCUGAAGCCAGAGGUCCAGCCAGAAGGAGAUGAUGAGGAGGAACCCCCUCCCUCCCAGAUGUCACCCCCCUUGGCCUCAGACGAGCCGAGCCCGGAGCGCCUCAGCGGUCUUGGUCUGGACCUGGCGUGGAUGCAGGAGCGGGUCAGCCAUCUUGGCGCGGCAUAUGCAGUCGCUCAGCUGGGUUUGAACUCAGAGACAGGUCACCCCUCUUCCUUCUCCUCUCAGGGGGGGACGGACAGUCUGGAUGGCCCCCCCACCAUGCUCUUCACGGGCGGCGCUCAUGAAAUGGCUGCAUUCGCCGCCUCCUUCGACAUGGCUGCCGCCGCUGCAGCCGCCGCCGCUGUGGUUGCUGCACCUCCCCCUCCACCUCCUCCGCCCCCCCUCCCCUCAGCUCCUCAUGCCCCCCCUAGCAGCCAGAGGAGGCCUUACAGGAGCUCUGCUGCAGCUAAAGACCCGGCGGUGUGUGCGGUGUGUGGGCGGGUGUUUCCCAGCGCUGCCGCUCUGGAGCUGCAUGGGCGCGUGCACACGGGGGAAAGACCAUUCACUUGCCCCCACUGUGGGAAGGGCUUCGCUCAGCCCAACAACCUGCGCGUGCACCUGCUCAUCCACACGGGUGAGCGGCGCUAUCGCUGCUCACUUUGCGGGAAGAGCUUCAUCUCUUCCAGCCACCUGAAGAGGCACCGCACAGUUCACACACAGGAGAAACCGUACAGCUGCGCGCGCUGCGGACAGUCCUUCAGCCAGAUGUGCAGCGUCCGCAGACACCGGCAGCAGUCGCAGUGUGGACUGUAGACCUCCGACUUGUUGAUAAUCUACAUUCUGUCUGUGUGCAAGUUCAAGAAGCUCAUGAACAUGAACUGAAUCCUCACGUUUGUUUGAAUUUACAGCACAAGAUUUCACAUUCAGCCUGCUUCAAACUGGGGUAUCGAGUUCAUCCUUCAGUCAUUAUACAGUCCUGUCUGUGUCACACACACACACACACACACACACACACACACACACGCACAGGUCCAGGAGGAGUUACUCAGCACAUAUCUGUUGUUAUUUCUGAGGGAGUGGGAGCUGCAAGUGUUGUUAGCAUAGCUCAGUAAAAAAAGAAAACACUUUUUUUUAACAUUCUUACUCGAGGUCUCCAUGGAUGGGCAUGGACUGAAGAACUUGAGGCUUGGACUGAGACCUAAACAAUGUUGGAUUAUAGUCAAGUCCAGGUCAGUCUGAUGGUAUCAGUGCAGGUCACAGCUCUGUAUAUUGUAAAACUUAAUGUUUCAGAGAAGAUCUUUGAUCACAACAAUGCAGACACAAAGUCACUGAGUUCUUAUCAGAACUUUUUUACAGUUAACAAACAAUUAGUUUUAAUAAACAUGUCUCACUGACAUGUUGAAGCUUAAAGAAAAUAAAUAUAGAGAACCGAGAAUAGCAGAGUCUCUUCAGUCCAUUGAUCCCCGAGAUGAGAGUAUGAAAGCUUACAGCAACUCAGAACAACAAACACAGUAAAAAAAGACAAUAUUAAACAUCACGCUAUGGCUGUCAAUACUAGAAUUUAAACUUCAUGAUUCUAGAAAAAAAAGACAUCAAUACCUGUUUAAAACCACAGCAACAAAAAUAGAAGUGAACACACCCAACAGUAGAACAUGUAUUGUUUUAAAUCAAAAAAUUGAAGACAAAUGUGAAAAUGUUGCCAAUGUUUUUGUGCAAUUUAGACUUUGCAGGAGUUCAUUUGCAAUGUUGGAUGGAUGCAUUCCUCUCCUACACACCUGUCUUAUGAAAAAAUAGUUUUUUUAAGUUUUGAUACUAUUAAUUAAAAAAAAGGAGAUUGUUUGGUCUUAAAACAUGCGGUAUCAAAAGAUAUUAACGUAUUGACAAUCUUAAAGACAAUAAAUAUCAUGUGAAUUGUCAGGACAUGGAGGUGUAUGUGACAAUCGUGCUCAGUCAUAACAUACAACAGGUAAAAAAAGAUAGCUAGCUAACAGGCUAACUGUUCCUACCUACCUCCAGUGUUUGUAAGCUGGGCUAACCCCUCCUGCAGCUGUCUCUGUGCUGUUCAUUCACAACACAUGUCAUUCAUUCAGACUGUUGGUUUAACACAUAAAUGUAUCCUGAACUCUUCCUUUAAAGCACUUUAAAUGCUCCUGUUGCCAUGGAGACUGGCAGUGUGUGAAGGUAAAUGUUGGAUUAAAUCAGCACAGGUGCGCUCGCUCUCCCCUUUGAUCAUGUUGGUGGCUCUGUCACUCUGAAUGUCACUUUAUUACUAAAUCAUCUGUCCAGAAUAUAACAAGACACGUGAUGUCCUGAGGUUAACUCUCCAUGUUUGUUUCCAUGGUUACACAGAAAACUCAGAUUUUAUUUUUUCACCUGCCGUGUUUUAACUGUGUCCAGGUGUGUCAGUGUGUGUGAUGUCAUCAGUCUCUGUUCUCAGAGAGAGAGAGAUCAGAAAACAAAGGCUGUGUGUAAAAAGAUGUUAAGUUCAAACAUAUAUAUAUAUACAGUAUAUAGAUCAAUAUAUCAGAAGUAUUUGUGUGUGUAGGUGUUUGGAUGUAAUUGGCUCUGUGUUGAACAUGUGAUGUCAGUAAUGACAUGUUCAGUGUUUAUAAAGUGUCAUUAAACAUGUCAGAGGAUUAAAAUGA